GCAGCUCACUCCUGUAUUGUCUGCUCGUGACAUUUGGUAUAACACUCUUGGAUCGGUGUUUCUAGUCAGUGUUGCACCUUUGAUGGUUUUAUAUAUGAUUCCAGAUCUACGUACGCAUCCUAGGCUGCUUAAAAUACUCCUGGGCGUUGCUGCCGGAGGACUUCUUAGCGAUGCUUUUCUUCAUUUGAUUCCCAAGUCUAUUACGCAAGACUCAAAUAGUAAUUCAGAUAGACACUCUGGGUUGUGGGUAAUUAGCGGAAUCAUCACUUUCUUAUCCUUCGACAUGAUUGUCCGAAUUUUGACUAAGAAGUAUUCUGGGCAUGGGCACAGUCACUCCGCCAUCAACUCGGGGACUUCAAAGCAUGAGCAUAGCAAAUCUAAAUCGCACUCUUCCCGAAAUCAGCAAAAAAAAAAUCUCAAGAUGGCAGGAUAUCUUAAUCUUGUUGCCGAUACUGCCCAUAAUUUUACCGAUGGGCUGGCGAUAGGUGGCUCGUUUUUAUUGGGCAGAUCUGUCGGCUUUGUCACCACGCUGACAGUAUUGGUGCACGAAUUGCCCCAUGAAGUUGGGGAUUAUGCCAUUUUAAUUCAAUCAGGCUGUUCAAAAAAAAAAAUUGAUAUGCAUUUAUAUGAGUACAAUCGAUCGUGA